AUUCUUCUUCAUCCAUACUCAACCUUGGUCUGGAGUUCUAGAACUCCUCAUUGACGAGUGCCGCCGUAAAGGAUGCCGAAUGAAAAAGUAAAGAGAGCAGUCUCACUAUACUCCGAUUUACAGCCUGUGGAUCAACGAGAUCUUCCGAACCAAGAUGAUGGCCUAAAUUCGCGCCCCCGCUUGAGGCGUACUCUAACGCGUUCCUUCUUCUCACUGUCUUUCCUCGUCCUACUCCUCUUCUUCGGAAGUGUCAUUUAUAACUGCUUCCCUGCCACCGACGACCUUUUGUCAGACGGUUCAAGGGGCACGGGAGCCGUUCAUUCAGAAGUCAUUGGCACUGUCAAAUGGCACAGGUGCACCGAGCCUAGCAGUCUUCCGGACGCGGAAUGUGGCUACAUUGUAGUUCCUUUGGACUAUUCGGACCCGACGGUGGGCACAACAAAAGUGGCCCUUGCCCGAUAUCGCGCUACCAAAUUCCCUAGGAAGGGUAUGGUGAUGUUUAACCCUGGCGGUCCUGGAGUCCCUGGUACUCCUCAGGCAUACAAUCUCGGAGAUCUUUACCAACGUACUUUCACCGGCGAGGACUACGAUAUAUUGGGCUUUGAUAUCAGAGGAAUCGGAAAGACAGAACCGCCGACAGACUGUUUUCAGUCGCCCAAUCGCAGGGCCCUCUUUAGGCACAACACAGUCCUGGAUCGUGGGUUCGAAUUGCCGUUGAACGUAUCCGAUGACUUUGCCAGGCAGUCCCUUAUCUAUCAACAUCGAGAGGCCGAAGCAUUGUUCAAGACUCAGUUCGACGUUUGUUAUCAGACUAUGGGCGACCAGUUGAAGUACAUGGGCACGACCACCAUUGUUCGCGAUAUCGACUUCAUCACAAGAACUCUAGAAGGCGAGGAUGCUCUGAUCAACUUUGUCGGAGAAUCAUAUGGAACGAUUUUGGGACAAUAUCUCAUCAACAUGUUACCAGAUCGCAUAGGUAGAAUCCUGAUCGACGGAAUCGUGGACCCAGCACCAUGGCCGAACGAUCAUCCGUAUACGUAUUAUCGCACUUGGCUGACAGAUUCUGAAGAAGCAUACAAACGCUUCUUCGAAGAGUGCUACCAGGCUGGAUUAUCGUCCUGCCCGCUCGUACGGCCGCAAGAUACCAGUGGGGUUGAUAUUCAGAAACGCGUCGACGAUUGGGUCCAAUCUCUCUCUAUGAACCCUAUGCCAGUCACAAACUACUCCAUUCCCGGUAUUUUAACUACCGGUCAUGCUCACCAUAUACUUUUUAUCACUGUUCAAGUGCCCCAAUUCUGGCCAACAUUUGCGGAAAGACUCGCUCGGGCCCUCGCAGGAGACGCAGCGUGGAUACUUGACUAUCAUUACCGUUACAGCAGCGAGAUCGAUUUGGAGCGUUCUGGGGUCUCUUGUAACGAUCGCGCCGGGAUUGCGAAGCCGAACCUGACAGACGUGGUCGACGAGACUUUGGACGUUCUGUCCAGCGUUUCGAGAUUCGCUAUGGCCAUUUUCGCGCUAGAGGCAGACUCAGGAUGUGAAUACUGGCCCGUUACUCCCCCAGAGAGAUUUACGGGGCCAUGGGACCGUGCGCCUAAGAACCCGAUCCUGAUUAUGAGUAACAAUGUCGACCCCAUUACACCUCUUGUCAACGCUCGCACAGUCAACAAUAGGUUCGGGCAGGAAAACUCAAGACUUGUCAUUCAGAAUGGCGUCGGACAUGUCUCUUCGACUUCGUUGUCCCUCUGCAUGGCAAAUAUCAAAAGAGCUUACUUCAGAGAUGGUACGCUUCCCAUGCAGGAGACCGUUUGCGAGAUCGAUCGGGGCCACUUCUUCGACGGCCGUGAAGCUCAUCCAUCCUCAGCGGGAGAUGGACUGGUGUUGGAUGACAUGAUGCGAUUAGCGGUGUCCAUGGGAAGCUGGAGGAUGAGACUGUAGUCUGUAUUCGUGAUGGACGUACAGUAGGUUGGCUCGUUUGCUCUCAGCCCGACUAUCCAAAGCCGUAACAUACUGUUGAGCCGUCGUGGGGUCCCUAGCACAAACAGCACUAUUUCGACUUGCGCUCGUCCGAUCGACUGCCCAUUGUAUACAUACCCUUGUACUUACCGAUUAAGUCUGGUGGCAUUUAAG